AUGGAAUGGUUGCCGAAGGACCCAGCGUUCAAGAACGUGCGAAUUCAUACUUACGGAUAUGACUCGGACUACCUGAAAGGCAAGGAUGACUGCCUGAACAUUCAUCACAUUGGUAAAGCAUUCCUGGGAGAGAUCAGCACGUCGCCUCAUCUUGCUGGCUCCCGAACGCACAUCGUGGCCAUUGGACAUAGCAUGGGAGGCCUGGUCAUAAAGAAGGCAUACAUAUUGGCUAAGCAGGAAGCUGCCCACAAUACCCUAGCGAGUCGGAUCGCCGCUAUCUAUUUCCUAGCCACGCCGCAUCGCGGUGCCGACUCUGCCAAGACGUUGAAAAGUCUUCUCAGAGUUGUCUACGACCGCGCUUACGUUGGCGAUCUCGAGCGGAAUUCGGGUGCCAUCCAGGUCAUUAACGAUGAAUUCCGGCAUGUUUCGAAACCGCUCGAGCUUUGGUCCUUUUAUGAAACUCAGACCAUGAACUUAUUCGGCUCCACAAUCGUGGAUCCCGAGUCCGCGGUCCUAGGGUAUAGUGAGGAGAAGCAGAUGCCAAUGAAUGCUGAUCACCGUUCAAUAUGCAAGUUCGAGACCCAGUUCGAUGCCAACUAUAUCAUUUUGCGGAACGCCCUUGCUUCAACCGUGACCAUGAUCACCGAAACGAUUCCAGGUCUGGAGCUCAAGGAAAACCGUAAUCAGAUCAAGGACGUCAGAAACGGGAUCGUGCCACUGGCUCGCCACCAUGGAGAACUAUGUAGCUUGGAGGGACGGUCGAUCGAAAGACAACAAGAUACUUUGGAUCAAUGGUAA